AUGGUCUCUGACUUUCGUACACUAUUUUUCAUGCAGCUUUUGCAGAUCAUCGACCCUCCACCUGUUGUCCAAACUCGCACCAUCGAAUCUUUUUCAUGUCCGUCUGCGGGAAAACAUGAUGUCACAUUCGACAACAACGCGCAGUUCUUCCUCCUCGUCACCAUAGAACCCAUUCAUCGGCAGAACACUGGUCACUCAUCGUCAGUCCUGAUUGGGGACAGGUUUGCAAGUAUCGCCCACGUUAGAAGACCAUACCCAACUGGCUGCUUUGUCUUUUCGGAUGUAGCCGUGCGCACCGCAGGGCAGUAUCUUUUGAAGUUCUCACUCUUUGAGAGAUACAUCAGUGCUGGAUCAGAUGGCAGGUAUUUUUAA